GCUCAUAUGGACAGGACUACUCUCCUUGCUUUUAUCCACGUAUUAUCUAUGAGAACUGUUAUCUUUCCAUGUCCUGAGCGUCAAUUCCUCUCAUUUACACUGGCGUUUCGCUGCGAAGGGAAGAAUUGGAUGCUCUCUUGCAAUCUCACCUUUCGUUGAGUCUUUCACCUCAAUGUCUUCACCGCUACCUUCCGGCUGGCAAUUGAAUGGCAAACUUGCUCAGCAAUGUCGUCUUGAAUUUUCCUUUCACGAGGGCAAACCUCAAGCGGCUGUGUAAGACGAGAUGGACAACUAUCUGUUUGGUCAUCCUAACCAACAGGUUCCUACCUCACAUGUAUGUCAGUGGCUAAGGCGUUCCAGCGGUUUUAAUUUAAGUGGGACACGGGUAUCCUCAACGGGCGCGGGUUUUAAUCUGUGCAAUGUGCGAGGAUUGAAUGAAUAAUACAUGUUUUCACCGUAUUCAUACUUCGUAUAUCGCUUCAUCUUGAAGACGUUUAUCUUGCAUCGUCAAAGUCGUAUUUUCUGUCUACGUCAUCUCAAACCCCAUAUUGCUAGUGCAUAAAUAGUUAUAUCUCGUGGUAUUUCGGAAAAUGUUGAGGUUGUUAUGUGAAUUGCUGUGUGUUCUUUCUGAUAUACAUGCACUUUCUUUCUUUCGAAUCUCAUCUUCUAUUUGCAACCUAAACCAAUCGGAAUAAUUCUAUUACAUCGAGUUAUGUGGAGUGCAGUUUAGGGUGCAUUAAGUCAUGAUGUGAUUUCAUCAGGAUUUGAGGGUCUGAUCUUUUGUUCGUUGGUGGAUGUCACCAAGAGAACUUUUCACUUUGUGUACCUUGAGGGACUUUUGUUGAUAAGUGUAUUCGGGCUGGAAGUUGCUGUUCUUCGGCGAGAAACAAGAGGACAUUUUCAAGGUUGUCGGCGUAAUUGUUUCUUUGGAAGUUCAUUAACUGUUUCUUGCAUGGCUACUGUGUUUGUGAAGGCCGAAUAGGGCCAUCAUUACUGUUUUAGGUCAGCUAUCGAAGGAUUCUUUCAAUGUGAUAUUUAGGAUAUUGAAGCAUUACAUGCAGCACGUAUUUAAGAUAAAAAGAAGAUGAGGCUUUUGAAUUAAUGGGUCGUCACGCUGGAGAACCCGGGUCGAACUUCCUUGAAGCUGCAAAGGAGAGAAUGGCCAGCCCUAACUUCUGCAAGUUUCCUCCGUUUCCUAGCUUAGCAAGCAGUUCGCCAAGUGAUUCUUGCGAUGAAUUGUACGAAGGAUACAACGACUAUGAUCCCCAGCUACAUCAUACUUAUACGGGUCCGCAAAGCCAGAUUGGAUCAUUUGGAGAGGGUCUUGGAAGCAAGACGGAUACAACUGGGAUUUAUGACCACGGAUUGGCAUACAGCCGAUCGUCGUCCGCAUCUGACGUUCAGGGACAAAAGCUGGAUCCUUUCGCCAAGACCUUGACUGCAGGCACAACAGCGUCGAUGAUAUGGCGGCCUCCCAGUACCUGCGUGAGCAGCCGGGCGCAACACAGUCCCUUCUUCUUCACGGAUUCUUCGCGACCUAUGACUGCUAUUCGUGCCGCAGGCUACUCAUCUAGAGGAAGCAAGUUUGAUCCUAUGAACCAGGGCGCCCCAAUCUCGACGUCUGGAUCACAGAAGAAAGAGGAGGCCAAUCCUGAGUAUCAAUGUCGAGAAAUAGAGCGAGCGGUAAACCAGCUGCUUGAAGCGAGUGCGGCCGCUGGCCUUGCUGGGGAUUUUCAAACAGCUCUUCAGAAAGCUAAGGAAGCAGGCAAAAAAGAUAGGGCUUUGUGUCGAACCAGGGAGCAGGCAGGGUUGGCUGAUCAAAUGAAUAUGGAGCUCACUUUUGCUGUUUGCUUCAACCUAGGAUACCAAUAUCAAUGUGGUGGUCUGCAGUCAGAAGCUUUGAAUACUUACACUCAAAUUAUGAAAAAUAAGCAGUUCACCCAUCUCGGUAGAUUGAAGGUAAACAUGGGGAACAUUUACUACAAGCAGAAGAAUUUUCCAUUGGCUGUUAAGAUGUAUCGCAUGGCUCUUGAUCUAACUCCCAGUGCUUACAAAGAGACUCGCUAUAGCAUCUUACGAAAUAUUGGCAAUGCCUUGAUGCGAUUAGGCAAAUAUCAGGAUGCAGUCCAAGCUUUCGAGUUAGUAAUGGAGAACAAGGUUGACCAUCAGACUACUUACAAUCUCAUAGUUUGCUACUACGUCCUCGAAAACACAGAGCAGAUGAAGAACUGCUUCACAAAAAUGCUGCUUGUGAAGUACUAUGACUCUGAUUCUGAUGACGAAAAUGAUGAUGAGAACUCCGUUUUGCGGAAUAACGAGCUACGGGAAGAGUUAAGGACAAAGCAAAAUCAGGCCUUGAAAUACAUCUCAACUGCAGCAAGACUCAUCGCACCUGUGCUGUAUCACAACUUUGUGGAAGGGUAUGAUUGGGUUGUAGAGGGAUUGAAAGAUCAACAGUAUGCUGCGCUGGCAAAUGAGAUGGAAUUGGAAAAGGCUAUCCAGCAUCUGCAUCGGCGAGACUUUACCCAGGCUAUAGUGCUCCUGAAGGAUUUUGAGAAGAAAGAAAAGGACUUGAAAGCCCGUGCAGCAACCAACUUAUCUUUUCUAUAUUUCUUGGAGGGAGACAUUUCCAAUGCUGAGAAGCAUGCAGAGGUUGCUGUAAAAACCAACCGGUAUAAUGCACAGGCGCUUGUAAACCAAGGCAACUGCUUGUACAGCCGGGGGCGCGUGGAGGAAGCUAAGGCAGUGUAUCAGGAGGCAGCAGAAGUAGAACUUGAUUGUGUUGAGGCAGUCUAUAAUCUUGGACUUUGCCACAAGAGACUUGGUGCUCUAGGAGAUGCCCUAUCUACCUUCAAGAAACUCAGCAACUCCAUACCCAACAGCAUCGAAGUCUUGUUCCAGGUUGGAGAUGUUAACGGGCUGAUGGGGAAUAUCAAGCAAGCUAUAAAGUGCCUAGAGAUUGUUAACACACGGACCAUGCACGAUCCAGGAGUUCUAGCAAUGUUAGGUCGCCUGCAUGCCAAAUGUGAUGAUGAACCCAAGGCGUUAUAUUACUACAGUGAGUCCCAUAGGGUAUAUCCCGCUAACAUGGACAUUACGUCGUGGCUGGGUGCCUACUAUGUGAAGAAUGAAGUUUACGAGAAAGCCAUGCCCUUCUUUGAUCUUGCGUCGAAGCUUCAACCAACUGAGAUCAAGUGGCAGUUGAUGGUUGCGUCAUGCCACAGGCGAACAGGUGCCCACACUGAAGCUUUGGCAAAGUACAAGGCGAUUCUCUCAAAACAUCCGGACAACACGGAGUGUUUGAGGUAUUUGCUGCACAUGUGCACGGGCCUUGGCAGGAGGGAUGAAGUGCGGACCUAUGAGGCCCAACUGAGAAAGGCAGAGAUGGAGUUGGCUUCUGAAUCCAGAUCUCAUCUGCUCAGAUUAGAAUCUGCCAAUGAAGUGCCCUUAAGGUUUAUUGAGUUUCGAGGCGAGUCUCGACACAGCACAAGGGACGACACGUAUCUUUCACCCAGAUCAUCAGAGUCUCCAGGAUCGUCCUUGUUUGGAUCUAGAGUUUUCAACUCAAACUUGUUCACUUCGUCUUCCGUGUCCUCGUCUCCCUUACCACAGAAGACCUUGCGUGGCUCCACAAAGAAGAAACCACCAGGCCAGCGGGAGGAAGAAGUCUGGCCAGAGCUUGGAGACGACCUCUUGCCCAUGUAGCUCCUUGUACAUUCAUCAGUAAGUGUUGAUUGCUUCGAUCUAAUUCAAACAACUGGAAGAAGGUUUUUGGAUCAGACGAAGCUGGAGUUGAGACCGGUCAUCCUUCAACCUUCUCUUGUUCUUUUUUUUUUAUACUAAUGUAUCCUGGGAGAUUAUGCUCGAAGUCCGGGGCGUUCUGAAACGAUUCCAAAACAAUUCUGUCCAGGCUAGUCUACAAUGCAUCAUGUUCGUUGCCUUGGUGAAUGUCUCAGCACCGCAGGUGGUCAAAAUGAUGUCAUGUCGCGGCUCAUCUUAUCUAAACGAACAAUGUUACAUGGGUUUGUGAAAACCAUACCCAAAAACACCUGUCUUAACGUCCCAACACAGAUGUGAGUGAUUUUUAGACCCUGAAAGAUUACAAGAAAGGACAUAUGAGUCCAAGAUGAUGAGAAUUAGCUGGCCGGUUCAGUUGCUUCUUUGGCAACGCAGCAGCAGCAGCAUGAUAAGUAAAGCUUCUGUGGAUAAAGGGAAAGUGGUGCAUAUGGACCCACAUCCUCAAACUGAACUUAGUCUGGGGUGGAAGAAAGUGUGAUGGAAUGGAGUAUGCAAUCCAAGCAGCAAGUCAAACAAAGCUCUUCACCAUUUCAACAAGUCCUGUAGAUGCAUGUGGUGCAAGUGAGAUUUGUUUUAAGAGUAGGUGAACAGACCCACAUCCGUUUCCUCAGGUUUGCGGUAGCUUCACCUCAAAAGGUGGCUUUUACAAAAGUUAGAGAAAUUUUGUUUAAAUUACUAGAAAUAAUUGUUGACAAUAAGAAAUAAUUCUUUUUAUGUGUAUUACAAUUGUCAAAAUCAAGAUAUGAGUUAACAUAUUCAAACUUAUAAUAUAAAAAAUUAUGUGAUUCACGUU